AUGGCCUUUGAGGCUCAGUCCUCGUUCAACUUCUGUCUGAGGCUUCGGGCUCGGGGCGGAAGGAGUCUGAACCUGCACUUCGGAGACGCUAUAUGCAAAACGCCCGCGCGCGGUGACAAGACGAACAGCACAAGAGGGGAGAAACGCCGUGGCGCCCUUAUCCACGCUCAAGACGCAGCUGUUUUGAAGACAGGUGUCGUCAGAUACUCUGAGUACAGCGCACGUACGGCACCGUACGAUGUCUGGCCCGACGCACGUCUACGGGCAUACCUCCGCGAACACAGCCUGUCAGAGGACGCGCUCCCAACGAGCCGUCCGGGUCUGCUGCAAGAGGUGCGCAUUCGCUACGUACAGACGACUGGGCGCGCAGAGGCACUCUUCGGCCAUGUCAAGGCCGUGUUCAACGGCGGUGUCGAAGCUGAAGAGGACAGGUUCGGAAAGGUUCGUUUUCUCUCCCUGACAUACGUGGGCGAGGCCAUACUGACAUCGUGGUGGCGCAACCAGGUCCUCGAUGUCUUGACAGGAAGCGCGGAGCACGCGAGAGAGAGGACAGGCGAGGGGAUGCAGGAGGGCGGGCAGAAACUGAAGGACGCGGGCGCGAAAGUGUCGAAGAAUGAGCUGUGA